GAGGGCAAUAUUGCUCUGAAAUUUGGUGGUGGAUCUGCAAUAGAUGGGCACUCUGUGGCGCCAAGGCUAUGGUGGAGGGGACGUGCUUGUUGUUGCUACUUCAAUUGUGGCGCUAGGGCAAUGUCUCUUUCUCUCAUCAGUUUCUCUAUAAUUCGGGUGGAGGAUAACUGGUGCUAUGAAAUUUUGUAUGGUAGAGUUGUCGAUGGAGGAG